CUCGUUUGUUCUGGAACAAAUCCACGUGCCGCCUCACGCGGCUGAGCACGCCGCCCCCGCCGCCUCGUCCCUGUCUCGCCGUCGCCGCCUCGUUCCCGUCCUGCCAUCAUCGUCUCGUCCCUGCUUCUCGAUCGUACGCCGUGAGCAAUAGGAGUUCCGUCCGGCGCUGGAGCUGAGCCUGGAGAUUGUCCCUACUCUUGUGAGAGUCGCGAGGACAAGCUUUCCCCCUCUUGAGAUCCGGUGUCUAAUCCAUUUUUCAAGUUUUACAAUGGAUAUGAGUACUAGAGAUCGCAUUAGAAAGAGGAGGGAUGAUGAUGACGAUGAUCUCAUGCUUUUAAUUAUCCCUACUCUACAUCUCUUGGGCUAUAUUGGAGAUAGUGAAAAAAAGUUGCGACAUACAUCAACGCUAACUGGAGAGGAAAAGGUUAGGGAGCAACUUGAAGGCCACAUCAAGAAUUGUAGGACAUCAUUUAGGAUGGAACCUUACAUCUUUAAAGCCUUGGUCAAUUAUCCUAGAAGCGAAGGGUUGGUUAAAGACACUAGAAUCAAGGUCGAGGAAAAGCUUGGUUUCUUUUUAUAUAUGAUUAGUCACAAUGCGUCGUUUGAGGAUCUCCAAGUAUUCUUUGGUCACAGCAAUGAUACAUUCCAUCGUGUGAUCAAACAUUUCUUUGACAUAGUUAUCCCUGCCCUCAGCAUGCGGUUCCUAAAACCUCCCUCCAAUCAAGUACAUGCAAAAGUUCGCGAAGAUAACCGAUUUUACCCUUACUUUAAGAAUUGCCUAGGUUCAAUAGAUGGAAUCCACGUUCCAAUAUCAAUGUCACCUAAUCAAGCUGCACCAUUCAGGAAUAGAAAAGGGACACUUAGUCAAAAUGUGAUGUUCGUUUGUGAUUUUGAUCUCAAAGUCACUUAUUUGUCAGCUGGAUGGGAAGGAUCAGCAACAGAUUCAAUGGUUCUCAGAUCUGUAAUGACCAAUUCUAUAGGAAAGUUUGAAGUACCUUCCGGAAAGUUCUACCUAGUAGAUGGUGGUUAUGCUAAUACAGCUUCCUUUCUUGCGCCUUAUCGUCGGGUUAGGUACCACUUGAAAGAGUUUGGUCGUGGCCACCGAAGACCUCAAAAUAAUGAGUUAUAUAAUCAUCGACAUGCCAUUUUAAGAAGUCAUGUAGAGAGGGCUUUGGGUGUCAUAAAGAAGAGAUUUCCAAUCCUCAAAGUUGCUACCUUUCACAAAAUAGAAAAACCAAGCCAAAAUACCUUUAGCUAUUGCAGUCUUUCAUAACUUGAUUUGGUCACUAAAUGGUGAUGAGAGGUGGCUAGAGAAUGAUCAAGGAAAUAUCAAUCCACAAACUUUUGUCAACCUACCUGAUGGAGACCAAGGAAAUUUAGAAGGGAAUAACUUAAGAGAUAUAAUAGCAUAUCAUAUGUGGUCCGACUACCAACAGAGCAUAAAUUAGUGAAUACUUCUAUGCUGAAUAAAUGUGUUAUUUUUAUGUUGUAGAUAAGAUGUUUAGAGGUUCUCCUAAGAUAGUAGCUUUACCUAAAGCUGCUCAAAAGAAGGCUUCUCCUAAAGCUGCAAAAUCAAAGAAAUGUGGCGGUGGUGUUGAGAGAGCUGCAUGGAAUGUUGAAUUAGAGAAGAGUCUUGUUGACUUGUUGUUUGAACACAAUAUGCCUCCACAUAGGGCUCAAAAUGGAUGGAGUCCAGAUGCUUGGAAUAAAAUAGUUUCUAAAUUCCACAAGAAGCAUGAAUAUGUUACAUUCAACAAGAUCCAAAUUCAAGAAAAGGAGAGAGAAUUAAAAAGGGAAUACAAGAUAUUGAAGGAGGCAAGAAAACAAAGUGGAGUUUCUUGGAAUGAAAAAAGAUGCAUGAUCAUUGCUGAACCAACGAUAUGGGACAACAUUAUCACUACAUUUCCUAGAGCUAAGAAGUUCCGCAAUAAGUCUUUUCCAAUCUUUGAUGCCUUGGGUGAAUUAUAUGAUGGUCACAUUGCACAAGGGACUUGGAACAUUACAUCUACUCAACCACUACAAAAUUCUGAUGAUGGAGAGAAAUUUAAAACCAUAGAAGUGGAAUAUGAAGAUACUAAUGAACCACAAGUAGAUGCGAGAAUAGAACAAGAUGAAGAUAUAGUAAUUGUUGAAAGGGUUGAACAUAGGUUACCUAAAAGGUCAGGUGCACCAACUGUCAAUCAAGAGAAGGAGACAAAGAGAGUAAGGAAAGAUGCACUAGAAGGGCUGAUAGGGAGGUACCUUGAUGUGAAAACAAAGCAAGUUGCAGAUGAGGCUACACAAUCAACAAAAGAGAAGGAAGUUGCUCAAGAUAAUGAUUUUUCUAUCAAGAGGUGUAUUUCUGUUCUUAAGACUAUGGAUAUCACAAGAGAUGAGAAGAUCAAAGCAGCGGAGGUGUUUAACACACCAAAUUACAGAGAAACAUUUAUUUGUUUUAAUGAUGAUGAGCCAGAAGUCGCUCUCCUUUGGCCAAGGGGGAAGAUGGAUAAACUCUAAAGGGUCCAAGGAUAAAGAUAUUAUCAACAUCUCUAGAGGAAGAGAAAGUCAAGUCACAUCUUCAGUCUGUGCAGGCUGUUUAUUCAGUUUCAGUCAAUAAGGCUUAGCUUGUAGUGUGUGGUCUAAAUCUUGCAUGUGCAUGUAGAGACUGUUUCUUCGGUCUGUGCAGGCUGUGCAGUUUUCAGCUUGUUUCUUCAGUCGUUUCAGACAGUUUUUUCAGUUUUCUGUGCAGACAUGUGCUCGUCUCUACUUUGUCAAAAAAAAGAUAGAAUUAUUCAGACUGCAGUUUUCAGCUUGUUUGUUGAUUGGGUUUAUUGAGUUUUCAGUUUUCAGAUAGCGUUA